AAAGGAAGACUCGAUUACUUGACAAUUUACGACUGCACAUUCGAAGUUAAUCAAUGCAAUCAUACACAUAGAAGCAUGGCGAAUAGUAAGAUUACCUGGAUCGUGACUAUUUUCAUUAUAUCUGCUGCAAUUCUAGAGGCUGAAGUAAAAACAAUAAAAGGAGAGAGAGAGCUUGUGUUAGAAGCAUUCAAAAGACACAUAUUGCAGGAGCUAGGCAUGGAUAGCCCACCUUCAGCUCCAGCUACAGCCAUGGGUAUAAUAGAUGAGACUAUCAACCUUACCUUCUACAAUGAGAUGAGAAAACUUUUAGAUAAAGAAUACAACCCGACACAAGCAUCUGUCGUUGAGGAACACAUCGAACUGCAUCCCUCAUAUACAAAAACAUUGACUGAGGACGAAGCAAGUAAAAGUUAUCGUAUAGUGUUUUCUGUACCGUCCUAUCACAAAAAGCGCAUGCGCACAGUUGAUAUAGAGUCAGCCACGGCCACGCUGCACUUGUAUGCUAUUGGGAAGAAUGAUACGGAUUGCGUAUUAACCGAGGAACCGCCUCCUCAAAGUAACAACAGUGACGAAAAUGACACGAAAGAUACAGACCGCAACUGGACUUCAGACUUCGACAAUCCUGAUCGUCCUCAAAUCCAACAGAAAAUUGGAAACGAUACUGAGAAUCUCAAGAUUACGAUCUAUGAACUGAACGCAACCAACCACCGUCAACAUAAAAUACAUACGGAUUGGUACCACUUAGAACGCACUGGCUGGGUGACCAUCAACUUAAAUUUAACUGAUAUUGCCAAACGAAUCCGUUUCCAAGUCAAGGUCGAAUCGUCGGAGGACAGAAUAAGUACCAACGCUAUGAGGAUUAUCACUAACCACUGUAACGAAUCUGAACUCUAUCAUCCGCUGUACAGGAUGUUUAAAACCGACGUGAUUAAUACGCAACCUCGUCUUGAGAUCAAGUAUUUCAGAACUAUCAGGCAUCAAUCUCGCGAUCGAAAUCGCAUUAGACGCCAGGCAUCACAAUCUUGCGACAACUUCUCCCAGCCACAUCCAUGCUGUAUGAAAACAAGCAUUGUCACAUUCAAAGAACUCGGAAUGGCAGAUCUGAUCAUCGCGCCGACUUCUUUCACUGCCUCCUUCUGCACAGGCACAUGUAGUCAACUUCUCGUACAAUCGGAGGCUCAGGGUGGCCAUAAUUACCAGGAGCAAUGCUGUGGACCAGUUGAAGCGAAUGACUUACCUGUGCUCCUGUCGAUAAAAGGUCGAAUACAUUACCGUCGUCUAUCAAACUUAGUAGUCACUUAUUGUGGCUGUACAUAGUGCUCAAUCUUCGGCACCAGCGGAUGUUGUACAAUCUACAUAGCCAUAUUAUAUAAUAUAUAAUAAAGGCAUUUUGUGUGCGUUUGCAUUUUCGCUUAAUUUUGCAAAGCUUAUUUUUGAUUUGGAUAUCGAUACUUAAUAUUUGCAUGGCCAGUAUUUUAAUUUACCUUGAUGCAGAAAGUGUAUAUUAGUAUUUUGUUAUCGUUUAUUAAUCUCUGAUUUUCUCCCCACCCCAUUGUCUUUAUAUAUUUUAAUGGAUAGAGUGUUUAAGAUGGUCGUUUUAAUAGCAAUAUUAUCUGUUUACAUUCGCGUACACGGAGUGUAUCAUAAUCGGUUAUUUUAGCUAACCCGGAAUCAAAACGUACAUCUGUAACGGAUCCUACACAGAUGCAGUGUAGGCCUAUGUGUACCAGUGCCAUACGGUAUUAAAUAAUCGAAAACCAAUGGUUGGUCUACUAUAAUCCAUUAAUAUAAUACGGUAGUCAAGCCUAGGCUAUAUUGGUGCUCUAAGUCCGUAUUUAAAUCUCUCACUGUGCAGUUGCUUAGCACUUACUACUUUCCGAUAGGCUUACAUUUUUUAGUAAACCGAGGCUUGUAGUUGACAAUUGUUUAUGAAUUAAUGAACCUCUGCUUUUUAAUUUUUCAUAUGAAAAUUUGAGUUUCUGAAAAUACGUUGAUUGCCAAGGCGGAUCUAGACUAAAAUGAACACAGUAAUGUCUUCUCAUUAAGUUUCAGCAAACAAAACGUUCUUAUAACGUUCGUGAAAGAUAUACCAUUAGCAUGUUCGUAGAUUUAAAAGCUUGAUAUAACUUUUUAAUAUGCAAACAAAAUUUGAUUAUUGGCCAAUAUUCUCCGGUUGCUUUUAUUGUUAUUAAAAUCAUACUUGGUGAAAGUUUACAAAAUCUGCCCUUCAUUUAGAUGUUAUGCAGUUGAACAUGGCAUCAAACCAAAACAACAUGCCCAGGGACAGAUUUAAUGGUGGUGGGGGGGGGGAGAGCCGGCCCUCCUCCUCCCAUCAUUCGGAAAGUAAAAAAAAAAAAAGAAAUAAAGAAAGAAAGAAAGAAUAUUUUUGGUCGCCCAAAACGCCUCAGAGGUACGGUAAUUUUUGGGCGUCUAAAUCAAAAUUUUGAAAGACAUGUCCCCGGACCCCCUAGGGUAGUGUUGACCCUAUCAAUCUUUCUUUUCUUCCCAUCCCCUUUCGGACAUCUCUGGAUCCGCCCCUGAGUCCAUUAAUUCAAACGUUGCAAAAAGUGGGCAGUCAUUUGUAGAUAUUCACUAAACAGAAAUAUAUAUUUUGAAGUAUGUGUUUUAGAUCUACGGUCGGCAACCAUGGGUCGUGACCCAAGUUUGGGUCGUGAGUUAAUUUUUUAGGGUCUUCGGAUCGCAUCUGAGUCUCAAACAAAUUAUAAAGAAAAUCUUAAUUGUUAAAAUUAAAUGAUGUAAAAACUAUAAGAUUCCCAUGAAAACAUCGAAACAGAACAUUUUUAAAUAAAAUAGUUUUAUACAA